AUGUCCAUCACGAAGGUACAUGCUAGAACGGUGUAUGAUUCUCGCGGUAAUCCGACUGUUGAGGUUGAAAUUACAACAGAGAAUGGUCUCUUCAGAGCGAUCGUCCCAUCUGGUGCCUCCACCGGCAUUCACGAAGCUGUUGAACUUAGAGACGGGAACAAGUCCGAAUGGAUGGGAAAAGGGGUGACCAAGGCAGUCAGUAACGUCAAUAGUAUCAUAGGGCCUGCUUUAAUCAAGUCCGACUUAUGUGUAACCAAUCAGAAGGGCAUAGACGAGCUCAUGAUAUCGUUAGACGGAACUUCUAACAAGUCAAGGUUGGGCGCCAAUGCUAUCCUUGGUGUUUCCUUGUGCGUUGCUCGAGCUGCUGCCGCACAAAAGGGAAUUACUCUCUACAAGUAUAUAGCCGAGUUAGCGGAUGCUAGACAGGACCCCUUUGUUAUUCCUGUUCCUUUUUUCAAUGUUUUGAAUGGUGGAGCCCACGCCGGUGGCUCUUUAGCUAUGCAAGAAUUCAAGAUCGCGCCAGUCGGGGCUCAGAGCUUUGCAGAAGCCAUGAGGAUGGGUUCGGAGGUUUACCAUCAUUUGAAGAUAUUGGCGAAGGAGCAAUAUGGACCUUCCGCUGGAAAUGUUGGUGACGAGGGUGGAGUCGCCCCCGAUAUCGACACUGCCGAGGACGCCUUGGACAUGAUUGUGAAAGCCAUUAACAUAUGCGGUUACGAGGGUAGAGUGAAAGUAGGAAUCGAUAGUGCUCCUUCUGUUUUUUAUAAGGACGGGAAAUACGACCUAAAUUUCAAGGAACCGAACUCUGACCCAUCUCACUGGCUCAGUCCAGCUCAGUUAGCAGAAUAUUAUCAUUCAUUGCUAAAGAAAUACCCAAUCAUUUCCCUGGAAGACCCCUACGCCGAAGAUGAUUGGUCCUCGUGGUCUGCCUUCCUAAAGACUGUCAAUGUUCAGAUAAUUGCAGAUGACCUGACAUGCACCAACAAGACCAGGAUCGCCCGUGCUAUAGAGGAGAAAUGUGCGAAUACUCUGUUGCUGAAACUCAACCAGAUCGGUACUCUGACUGAGUCUAUUGAAGCCGCCAAUCAGGCUUUCGAUGCUGGAUGGGGUGUAAUGAUAUCACAUAGAUCAGGUGAAACCGAAGAUCCGUUUAUCGCUGAUUUGGUCGUUGGUUUAAGAUGUGGUCAAAUUAAAUCGGGCGCUUUGUCGAGAUCAGAAAGACUGGCCAAGUAUAAUGAACUUUUGCGUAUCGAAGAGGAACUGGGGGACGAUUGUAUAUAUGCUGGUCAUAGGUUUCAUGAUGGAAACAAACUAUAA